CCAAGCUGGAGGUCCUGGCGGCGGCGGGGGAGCUGGAGUGGUCGCCGCCCGUCAGGCCGCCGCCGCCACCUCUCGUCGUUCCCCGCGCGGCGCGGGGCUUCUCCCGGUGGCGCCGCGGGUUCGGAGGGUCGGCCGCCGGGCGCAGGUUUCCUAAAAGACGGAAAAAUGGAGGAAUCAGUAAACCAAAAGCAACCAUUGAAUGAGAAGCAGAUAACCAAUUCUGAAGAUGGAUAUGUCUGGCAAGUCACCGAUAUGAAUCGACUACACCGGUUCUUGUGUUUUGGUUCUGAAGGUGGGACUUACUAUAUCAAAGAACAGAAGUUGGGCCUUGAAAAUGCGGAAGCUUUAAUUAGAUUGAUUGAAGAUGGCAGAGGAUGUGAAGUGAUACAGGAAAUAAAGUCAUUUAGUCAAGAAGGCAGAACAGCAAAGCAGGAGCCUACGCUCUUUGCACUUGCCAUUUGUUCCCAAUGUUCUGACAUAAGCACAAAACAGGCAGCGUUUAAAGCUGUGUCUGAAGUUUGUCGCAUUCCUACACAUCUCUUUACUUUUAUCCAGUUUAAGAAAGAUCUGAAGGAAAGCAUGAAAUGUGGCAUGUGGGGUCGUGCCCUCCGGAAGGCUAUUGCAGACUGGUACAAUGAAAAAGGGGGCAUGGCCCUUGCUCUGGCAGUUACAAAAUAUAAGCAAAGAAAUGGCUGGUCUCACAAAGAUCUGUUAAGAUUGUCACAUCUUAAGCCUUCCAGUGAAGGACUUGCUAUUGUGACCAAAUAUAUUACAAAGGGCUGGAAAGAGGUCCAUGAAUUAUAUAAAGAAAAAGCACUUUCUGUGGAGACUGAAAAGUUAUUAAAGUAUCUGGAGGCUGUAGAGAAAGUGAAGCACACAAAAGAUGAGCUGGAAGUCAUUCAUCUAAUAGAAGAGCAUAGAUUAGUUAGGGAACAUCUUCUAACAAAUCACUUAAAGUCUAAAGAGAUAUGGAAGGCUUUGUUACAAGAAAUGCCUCUUACUGCAUUACUAAGAAAUCUAGGAAAGAUGACUGCCAAUUCAGUGCUUGAACCAGGAAAUUCAGAAGUAUCUUUAGUAUGUGAAAAACUGUGUAACGAAAAACUGUUGAAAAAGGCUCGUAUACAUCCAUUUCAUGUUUUAAUUGCAUUAGAAACUUAUAAAAUAGGGCAUGGGCUCAGAGGAAAACUGAAGUGGUGCCCUGAUGAAGACAUUCUGACAGCUUUGGAUGCCGCUUUUUAUAAAACGUUUAAGACAGUUGAGCCAACUGGAAAGCGUUUCCUGCUGGCUGUUGAUGUCAGUGCUUCUAUGAACCAAAGAGUUUUGGGCAGUGUGCUCAACGCUAGCACAGUGGCUGCAGCCAUGUGCAUGGUUGUCACACGAACAGAAAAAGAUUCUUAUGUAGUUGCUUUUUCAGAUGAAAUGGUACCAUGUCCAGUGACUACAGAUAUGACCUUACCACAGGUCUUAAUGGUUAUGAAUCAGAUCCCAGCAGGUGGAACUGACUGCUCUCUUCCAAUGAUCUGGGCUCAGAAGACAAAUACAGCUGCUGAUGUCUUCAUUGUGUUCACUGAUAAUGAGACCUUUGCUGGAAGUGUCCAUCCAGCUGUUGCUCUGAGGGAGUAUCGAAAGAAGAUGGGUAUUCCAGCUAAAUUGAUUGUUUGUGGAAUGACAUCAAAUGGUUUUACCAUUGCAGACCCAGAUGAUAGAGGCAUGUUGGAUAUGUGUGGCUUUGAUACUGGAGCUCUGGAUGUAAUUCGAAAUUUCACAUUAGAUGUGAUUUAACAAUAAGCACCAGCAUGAGCUAAGAGGUCCGUUGCCAUCAGUGAUCUCACUAAAAAUACGAAGCUACUUCCCAGCUAAUCUUAAUCCAAUGAAAGAUGAUAAAAUGAUGGUAUAGUAUGUGCAUAAUGGAAAGUUUACCUUACCAAAAAAAAAAGAAAGGAAAAAUCAGAUGAGCCCAAAGUUCUUUCUGCCUACUAAACUAGCUCUUGGGAAAUAGCUUCAGAAUACACUGUAGCUCCCUCUUUCUAAUAGAGAACUUCUUGUUGAUAGAGACUGUAAAUAGUCAAACAGUUUUGCUUUGCAUAACAAUCACAUUUGUACUUAAAAGAAGUGAGAGCCAAAAGUGUAAGUAGUUGCAUAUCAUGUCACUUGUUUCAGAAGUGCUUCCAGUUUUCUUAAAUGUUUUCAUUGGGAAAGGACAGCUUUGAUAAUGUCCAUAUACUCUGAAAUGCACUGGACCAUUUAACUGUGAUGGAAUAUGAAACUCAUCUGUAAACUUUUAUACCAAGGAGGUAAAAAAAAAAAAAAAAAAAUAAGAUGUUUGAUUAAAUUAUGAGUUUUACAAAUUCCAUUAAGAGUUUUCUAAGAUCACAUAAAUAGCAGCUUUCUUAAUUCAGUGAAAAAGAUAUUUUGUUUCUGAUGUCUUGUUUACACUCGAUUGUUACCAUUAACUAGAAACAUAAUGGAAACCCCUGAGAAAAGACUCUAAAGUUUAUGUCAGCUGAGGAAGUCUAUUUGGUUUGCUUUUUGUUUGUUUGUUUUGGUGUAUUUUAUUGCUGUGAGUGAGGGGCGUGACUUGACAGUUUCCUCUGAAUUAUAACAGCAUAACCUCAG